UAACAUGAUUUUGAAAUGAUUUUUUUUAUUCGUUUAAAUGAGUUACGUUUAUUCGAAGUGUGCAGGAAAAAAUGAAGGGUUCGGAGUUUUUAUCGGCGUUGGUGAAGUCGUUGGCGCGUGACGUGGAUGAGCGGAGAGAGGCGGUGGGGCUUUUGUUGAAUCUUUGUAGUGAUUUUGAAGUUCGGAGACGAAUCGGGAGAAUAAGAGGGUGUAUUGUGAUGUUGGUUUCAAUUUCAAAUAAUGGAAGCGACGAUAAUAAUCGAGAAGACGACGAUGAAGCUUCGUGUAAUGCAAGAAUGCUGUUGAGUUAUAUGUCGGGCAAUACUCAGCAUGCUCUUCACAUGGCUGAAGCUGGUUAUUUCAAGCCCAUGAUCAAAUACCUAAUCGAAGGUUCGGAAAUGAGUAAGGUUAUAAUGGCAACUGCAAUAUCAAGAUUGGAGCUCACCGACCAAAACAAGGCUUCGCUCGGAAAAGAGGGGGCGAUCGCCCCCCUAAUCGAAAUGUUCAAAACGGGCAAUCUCGAGGCGAAAUUAUCUUCCCUAAACGCCCUCGAGAGCUUAUCGAACUCAGAAAAGAACAUCCAACGCUUGAUCCACUCGGGUAUUGUCGUAGCCCUAAUGCAGCUCCUAUUCUCGGUGACAUCAGUUCUAAUGACACUUAGAGAGCCCGCUUCAGCUAUUCUCGCAAAGGUGGCGAAAUCCGAGGGCAUUUUGGUCAAACACGAAGUCGUCCAACAGAUGCUCUCCCUACUAAACCUAUCGAGCCCCGUUAUUCAAAACCAUCUCUUGGAAGCACUAAACAACAUUGUCUCUCACUCUAGUGCUUCGAAAAUUAGGAAGAAAAUGAAGGAAAACGGAGCGAUCCAACUCGUCGUACCGUUUUUUAACGAAAAAGAUGCAAGAAUUAGGACAGGUGCACUUAGAUUGGUUCACAUGUUGUCUGAAGAUAUACAAGGAGAGCUCAUAGAAGAGCUCGAUUACUCGCAAAUUCGUGUUAUUGCAAACAUCGUAGUGUCAUCAUCGGACUGCGAAAGGGCUGCAGCCCUCGGAAUAUUGUCCAAUUUGCCCCUAAGUGACAGAAAAACUACCGAAAUACUCAAGAACGAAAACUUGCUUCCGUUAGUGGUUUCUAUAAUGAGUUCUUUAACCCCACAAAACUCGACACCUAAAUUAGUCGAGAGCAUUUCCGGUGUUUUACUCCGUUUCACCGUUUCAACCGACAAACGGUUGCAGCGUUAUUCGGCCGAAAACGGGGUUAUUCCGAUCCUCAUAAAGAUGCUCUCGACUGGUUCGGAAGCUUCUAGAAGCAAAGCUGCAUUGAGUUUAGCACAACUAUCGCAGAAUACGCUGCAUUUGAGCAAGUCCCGGAAAUUGAAGUGGUUCUGUGGGGCCCCUUCGGUGGACUCCUUUUGCGAAGUGCACGACGGUUAUUGCUCUGCGAAGAGUACUUUUUGCUUGGUGAAAAGUGGAGCCGUUACGCCAUUGGUAGAAAUUCUUGAAGGCGAGGAGAGAGGUGCCGACGAGGCGGUUUUGAGUUGCCUUUCGACACUAUUGCAAGACGAGAUAUGGGAGAGCGGGUCGAACUAUCUUGCGAAAAAAUCGAGCGUGUGUUCGGUUAUUAGGGUUCUUGAAUCGGGGAGUUUUAAGGCGAAAGAGAAGUGUAUAUGGAUUUUGGAGAGGGUGUUUAGAGUUGAGGCUCUUAGAGAAGAGUAUGGUGAAUCUGCACAAAUGGUGCUUAUUGAUAUUGCACAGAAUGGUGAUCCUUUGUUGGCUUCUGGUGUGGCUAAGUUGUUAGCACAACUUGAUCUUUUGCAAUAUCAGUCUACUUAUUUUUGAAUACUUUUCUAAAUUCAAAGAAAUUAUUUUUCUUU